AUGGGCAACAACUCUACUUCUUCAGUUAAGAAGCCCAUCUCCGCCAUCUCCGAGACCUUGUCGAGGUGCUGGACAGAAGGCGUCACCACCGCCCACAACUUUGAGGUAAUGGAGUAUUCGCUGCUCGAAGGUAUGGGUGCCGGUAAGUUCGUUAGCUCGAGCAUGUUCACUCUCAGCGGCUAUGGCUGGAGAAUCAGGAUGUACCCUGAUGGGGAGAAGGAGGAGGACAACGCUGCCUAUGUGUCGGUUUUCUUGCGUUUCUACAGUGGGACACCGGAUGUGAAGGUGAAGUUCACUUUCAGUUUACUGGAGAAAGAUGGAAAAGAGAGUAAUCUUGUGAGCACAAAACAUACCUUUCUGUCAGUAGGUGCUUCUUGGGGCUACACCCAUUUUAUCGAAAAGUCCAAGCUGCAAGAACUGCUAUCCCGUAAUGACGAUUGCUUCACAAUCAGGUGUGUUUUGACUGUCAUAAAGGAAAUUCGCACAGAAGAUGUAAGCACAGUCAUUGUCCCAAUACCGGAGUCGAACCUGCACACACACUUCGCAAGCAUGUUGAAGGAUGGGGAAGGCGUGGAUGUGACAUUCAGUGUCGGCAAUCAACUCUUCAGUGCCCACAGAUGUGUGUUAGCCGCACGAUCACCGGUCUUCAAGGCAGAGCUUUUUGGUCAAAUGAAGGAGACCGCCAUGAAAUGCAUCAAGAUCGAUGACAUGGAACCUGCCAUCUUCGAUGCGCUUCUUCACUUCAUAUACACAGAUUCAUUGUCUGGUGAUUGCGAUGUUGAUCAAAGUGUGGCGUUGCAGCACCUGUUGGUUGCCGCGGAUCGGUAUGGACUGGAUAGGCUAAAGGCUAUUUGUGAAGGGAAGCUCUGCCUGAGAAUUGAUGUGCAAACAGUUGCAACCACCCUAGCUUUAGCGGAGCAGCACAACUCGGUGCAACUCAAACAUGCUUGUCUUGGAUACCUGUCUUCCUUGGAUGUGCUUCGAGUUGUCAAGGAGACUGAUGGAUUCAAGCAUCUUGCGGCAAGCUGUCCAUCGAUUGCCAUGGACAUUCUAGACAAGCUGUGA